AACGUCCCGUUCCAAAUUGAGAGAUAGACAGAUCAAAGUGUACGCCCACAUGGCUCCCUGGGAGGCACAACCCGCCACCCCGGGGUCAUCGUGUCUACACAUAAAGGGAUGGAGCUGGCACAGUGCGUAGAGCAGUCGCAUUUGGUUCCUCGUUGUGCAUCUGCCCUCACUGCACACCAUGCGUUCCCUCCUAGUUGUCGGCAGUGCACUUGCACUUAGCGGUCAGGCGCUCGCUCAAGAGGGUAAGCCAGUUUCGAAAGUCUCUUGCGACCCAGAAACAAAGAUCUGCUUUUCGGGCUACAAGGAUCCGGAAUCCGAUAUCUACAUUGGUAUUGCCCUUCCCAAAAACCCGGUGGACCCGUAUGAUGCCGUCAUCACCAUCACGUCGCCCGUGAAGCACUACUGGGUAGGCUUUGCAUGGGGCGGACAGAUGGUAUGGAACCCACUCACGGUUGCAUGGAAGAACGACAAGACAACAACUGUGUCUUCACGCUUUGCCUAUGGCAUCUCGCUUCCCCAGCCGUAUGAGGGCGCUGAGCACUUCUAUAUGAAGGGGACAAAGGCUAAUGCCACCCACUAUACAAUCACUGCGCUCUGCAAGGGCUGCACGGGAUGGCAAUCCAAUGAGGAUGUCAGAUACUACCUACCGUUCAAUGGCACUACCGAAUUUGCCUGGGCCUAUGGUGCCAAUGGAGUCGAAAACCCGGCCAGCAACACCUCCAUGUUCAACGUCCACGAGGCCUAUGGCAAAUGGAUCCAUGACCUGAACGCUGCCCGUAUUGACAACUUUGAUCAGUUAGUCAAGGCUAAUUUGUUAAAUGUGGCAGCACCGAGCAACACUCCAACGCCCAUCCCCACUACCGUUGUGACGAGCAUCAAGCCUUCGGCUACUUCGAUCGUACAGAGGCCGGCCGCGAUCCCCUCAUCAUGCUCGGGUGCAGGGAACCCGGCAUUCCAGAGCCGUUUAGCAAACGGGUGGAAGGCCACCAAAAUCGCUGGAGGGCUGACCAACCCGCGAAGCAUCCAAUUCGAUAACGCGGGAAACAUGCUCGUCGUCCAGGCUUCCAAGGGCAUUUCAUAUCACAAGGUCGAUGCCAGCGGCUGUGUCACCUCGACAAAGAUGCUGGUAUCGCUCAACAGCUUGAAUCAUGGUAUCGCCCUGAGCGCUGAUGGCAAGACGUUGUAUGCCAGCUCUAUGACGCAGGUGUACUCCUGGCCAUAUGAUGAUGCUGCUGGUACCGUGGGAACGCGCUCCACUAUCAUCACUGGCAUGUACAACGGCGGUAGCCAUGUGACGCGCACGUUGGCCAUGCACCCAACCCAGCCGCUCUUGGUCGUCUCUCACGGCUCGAACUCCAACAUCGACCAGCCUACCAACGACCCAAAGACAGGUCGUGCCAUCAUCAAGGUGUUCGAUCUGACUAAGAUCCCCAGUGGCGGAUACAACUAUGUCUCGGGCGGCUGGAACGCAGGCUAUGGUCAGCGCAACGAUGUCGGCAUCACCUUUGACAACAACAACCACCUCUGGGGUGUCGAGAAUAGCGGCGACCAAUUUGUGCGCAACGUCAACGGCCAAUCCAAGGAUAUCCACAACAACAACCCUGGCGAGAAGAUCCACUACAUGGGCGACGUCACCAAGCCCAACAACAACUGGUACGGCUAUCCGACGUGCUUCACCGUCUGGCAACCGUCCGACUUCACGGACAAGCAGUUCAAGGUUGGCGACUGGUUCGUCCAAGCCCCCAGCAGCAGCUUCAACGACGACACGUGCAAAGAGCGCGCUACGGCUCCCAAGCUUACCCUGUUCCCUCACUCGGCUCCCAUCGACUGCAAGUUCGAUCCCGACAACACCAACAUGUACAUCACGUACCACGGAUCGUGGAACCGUAGUCCUACCACUGGAUUCAAGCUCGUCGCGGUGCAGUUCAAGAAGGGCGACGAUGGGAACUACACGCCUGUUGCGCCUCUCACGAGCAACGAUGCCGCGCAGGACAUCUUCUACAACCCGGAUGUCUCCAAGUGUCAGGGCCAAGGGCCCAAUUUCAGCUCCGGCUGCUUCAGGCCUGCCGGCCUGGCUUUCGAUAAGCAGGGGCGUCUGUUCAUGACCAGUGACACCACCCAGGGUGAGCUGUGGAUCCUGGGGAAGUCGUAAAUAACUGACGGCGGGGUGAUGGGAUGGACAUCACAUCACGUUGGGCUUGUAUAUAGGAUAGACGUGAAGUUUGAGGCGGAGAAAUGUGAAUAUCUCCUAGGUAUCUGAAUACGUAGCAACUUGAAUUG